UCUAUUUUGCUCACUCAAUUGUCUUCUUCUACCUCUCCUUCUUCCUCCUCACUCUCACACCACAAACUCACAAACCCACUUUGCAUUCUCUGUGAAAAUCACCAUCAAUGAAAGAUAGGGCUAGGGUUUCAUAAAUUUCACAUCUUUAAGCAAAAAAAAAAAAAUUAAUAAUGGCUUCUUGUUCUGCUUCUUUGGCUUUGCCAGAACUUAGCUUUUCACUAUCAAAACCCUCUUCAAUUCGCCGUAUUUAUGUCUCAAAACUCUCUCUGUGUAGACCUUCUUGGGGUGGAAGUUGUAUAAGGUAUCAAAGAUUGAACCUCGGUGGUUAUAGAGCUAGAAUUCAAGCUGUCAAAGAGGAGAAUAUUGUGGUUGAGGAGAAGAGAGAGGAUGAACUAGUCGAGGACUUGAAGGGCUUGGAAUUCAAUGGAAAUGGAAAUGGGGCUGCUACCAGAAGAUAUGAUUUAAAUAGUAGUUUAAAUGGGUACUCAAAUGGGAGUCUAGUGAAGUAUGUGAAUGGGAAUGGACUGGCAGUGGAUGCGGAAGUGGUGGGAGAAUUUGAAGAGGGAGAGUUGGUGGAUGAGUUGAAGGAGAAGAUGAAGGAGGAUGAGAGGAAGAAGAAGGUGGAGGAGAUUGGGAAAGAAGAGGCUUGGUUUAAGAAAAGUGGGCUAGAGAAACAGAUUGAGGUUUCUGUUGCACCUGGCGGUCGUUGGAGUAGAUUCAAAACCUACUCAACAAUACAAAGGACCAUGGAAAUAUGGGGAUUUGUUCUGACAUUUAUCUUUAAAGCAUGGUUAAACAAUCUGAAAUUUACCUAUCGGGGAGGAAUGACUGAGGAGAAGAAAACCCUUAGGAGGAAGAGCCUCGCCAAGUGGUUAAAGGAAAGUAUUUUGAGAUUGGGUCCUACAUUUAUCAAAAUUGGCCAGCAGUUUUCAACAAGGGUGGACAUCCUUGCUCAAGAAUAUGUCGAUCAGUUGUCUGAACUUCAGGAUCAAGUUCCUCCUUUCCCUUCAGAGACUGCUGUAUCUAUAGUUGAAGAAGAGCUUGGAGCUCCCGUGGAUGAUAUAUUUGAUCGUUUUGAUUUUGAACCAAUAGCUGCUGCUAGUCUUGGUCAAGUGCACCGGGCAAGAUUGAAGGGACAGGAAGUUGUUGUUAAAGUGCAAAGGCCUGGUCUCAAGGAUCUCUUUGAUAUUGAUCUUAAAAACCUGAGGGUAAUAGCUGAAUAUCUUCAAAAGGUUGACCCAAAGUCAGAUGGUGCAAAGAGGGAUUGGGUUGCUAUUUAUGAUGAAUGUGCAAGUGUGUUAUAUCAGGAGAUUGAUUACACCAAGGAAGCUGAGAAUGCAGAACAUUUCGCUACUAAUUUCAAAGACACGGAUUACAUAAAAGUCCCAACCAUAAUGUGGGAGUGCACCACCGCGCAGGUUCUGACAAUGGAGUAUGUCCCGGGGAUCAAAAUAAACAAGAUACAAGCUUUAGAUCAAUUAGGUGUUGAUCGGAAAAGGUUGGGUAGAUAUGCUGUUGAAUCUUACUUGGAACAAAUCUUAUCUCAUGGUUUUUUCCAUGCUGACCCUCAUCCUGGAAACAUAGCAGUAGAUGAUGUGAAUGGUGGAAGAUUGAUCUUUUAUGACUUUGGCAUGAUGGGAAGUAUUAGUCCAAACAUUAGAGGAGGUCUUUUGGAAACCUUCUAUGGAGUUUAUGAGAAGGAUGCAGAUAAGGUCCUUCAAGCAAUGAUUCAAAUGGGUGUUCUUGUGCCUACUGGAGAUGUGACAGCUGUAAGAAGAACAGCUCAGUUCUUCCUAAACAGCUUUGAAGAACGCCUUGCUGCGCAAAGGAGAGAGAGAGAAAUGGCAACAGCAGAACUUGGAUUCAAAAAGCAACUGACCAAAGAGGAAAAGAUAGAGAAAAAGAAGCAACGUCUUGCUGCUAUUGGGGAAGAUUUGUUAGCCAUUGCAGCAGAUCAACCUUUCCGAUUUCCAGCUACAUUCACAUUUGUUGUAAGAGCGUUUUCAGUAUUGGAUGGCAUUGGGAAGGGUCUUGAUCCUCGGUUUGAUAUUACUGAAAUUGCAAAACCCUAUGCGUUAGAAUUGCUGAAAUUUCGUGAAGCUGGUGUUGAAGUUAUCUUAAAGGAUUUCAGAAACAGAUGGGACCGGCAAUCCCGUGCAUUCUACAAUUUAUUUAGACAGGCUGAUAGAGUUGAAAAGCUUGCAGAGACUAUCCAGCGAUUGGAGCAAGGUGAUUUGAAGCUUCGAGUUCGAACCUUGGAGUCUGAAAGAGCAUUUCAACGCGUUGCAGCUGUUCAGAAGACUGUGGGGAGCGCUGUAGCUGCUGGAAGCCUGGUUAACCUUGCAACAAUUUUGUAUCUCAAUUCUAUUCGAACGCCAGCCAUUGUAGCAUAUACUGUCUGUGCGUUCUUCAGUUUCCAAGUUCUCAUCGGAAUCAUAAAGGUCAAAAAAUUAGACGAACGGGAAAAAUUCAUUACAGGCACUGCUUAGCCAUUUGACUCACAGCCAGCUGCAAUAAUGGAAGUUCAUCUCAUCCCACACUCUGGUUACAACGAAACUUCACAGCCUCUAAAAAAGAAAUAAAGAUGAGAUCUAAAUACGUUCCUCAACAUUAAACCAGGGCAGAACCUCUGAACCUGGAUAUGCGUUUGAAGGGUUAAACACGACAAAACUAGGAACUUUUGUUAUUGAAAUAGAGUGAAUUCUUGAAAUGUAGUAAAUGAGUGUCUUAAGGCCUUAGUGUAGAGUUUUAUAUAUCUAACAAUCCUGUGGCCAGGUUUGGCAAAAUUUGUGUAGCCACACCCAUUGUUAUUCUGCAAAAUGAGUUGUCCAUGAACUCUGUAUAAUGUUGUAAUAGGUUUUUUUUCCUUUU